AUGCACAAUCAUGCGUUAGCUGUGUAUCCUGAGGGACACUGUCAGAUGAGCGGACUGAGCGCUGCGGCCAAAAUGAUUGUGCGGGAUAUGAGUGCGGCACAAGCUAAGCCGUGUGCUAUUUUGGCGGCUGUUCAAGAAAAAUUUCCAUCUGACAACCCUACAAGAAGACAAGUUUAUAAUUACAGAGAUAAUUUGAGAAAGUCCAGCUUUGAGGAUAGAGAUAUGGUAGGUCAGUUUUUUCAUUUGGCUCUGACGCACAACUAUUUACACUGGACGCUUUCUGAGGAGAGCACAGGUGUGUUGACCCAUCUUUUCAUGUCGCAUCCUGACUCCGUGCGGUUAGUCCGAACUUACCCCUGGGUGAUCGGUAUGGACUCCACGUAUAAGACCAACAAAUACCACAUGCCUUUCUUUGAGAUUAUCGGUAUGACUCCUUCUAACAAGAACUUCUUAAUUGCAUAUGCAAUUAUGAAGGAUGAGACUGAGGGGAGUUACAGAUGGGUGUUGGAAAGGUUGAGGUUUUUGAUUGGCGACCACCUACAGCCGACUUGUAUUUUUACUGAUCGAGAGUUGGGGCUGCUUAAACCAGUGAAAGAGAUAUUUCCACAUACCCCUCAUCUGCUUUGUACGUGGCACAUAAAUAAGGAUGUAGAAGACAAAGUGUUCAAACUGUGUGGGAGAGACACCGCAAUAACUGAUACUUUCAUGAAUGGGUCGUGGAAGAAACUUAUUAAGGCUCAAACAGAGGAACAAUACGUAGCAGCUUUGACCACUGUGAAAAUGCGGACUAGAGCGUUUCCAGCUGUGAUGCAAUAUCUUGACUGUACUUGGUUGGGGCACAAAGAGAAGUUUGUAUCAUGUUGGACAAACAAAGUCUUACAUUUUGGAAACACCACUACGUGUAGAGUGGAGAGUGCACAUGCUCAGCUAAAGCAGUGGCUCAACUCUAGUACCGGUGCUCUAGACACAGUUUGGACGAAGGUGGACUGCGUUAUACAGUCCCAGUUGACUGAUAUUAGGAAAACACUCGAGGGCUCCAGACAAACUAUAGGCGUCCAUCGACGAGGUUAUCCAUACGACCAUGUCUCCUACAAAGUCUCCCACUACUGUCUUGAUUUAGUGGCGAAGGAACUAAGGCGUAUGAGAGAGUUGAGUUGCGAUGUUCUAGUUCGUUGUGGUUGUGUGCUGAGAACAACACAUCAGAUUCCGUGUGCAUGUGAGCUGAAAGCGGUGAUUGAUGCAGGUGUUCCGAUUAGUCUGGACAGUAUCCAUUCAUUUUGGAAGACGCUUGUUAUCGGUGACGGGGUUGAAACAUCAGAACAAGCCGAUUAUGCCGCUUUUCAGUCAGAGGAUCAUCGGUACUUUUGCGGGGUUGUGGAGGAGGUGAUGUCUCAAGAUCCCUCUAUUGUGCGCGACAUAUCUCAUAUUAUCAACGAGCGACUUCAUCCCGAAGAAUCUGCUUAUCUUGAACCAGAAGUAAAGAGCACGGUGAGAGGUAGACCGAAGGGGAGCACAUCCACCAAGCGGAACCCGAGUGUUUGGGAGUACAGUCGUGGUCGUGGCCGUGCCAAGUCAUCACAAGGUCGGGGCUACAGUGCUCCUACAUCAGAUUUUAUCCCGAAUUCAGAGCUUAUUCCUGGAAUCAUAUUGCCAUUUGUCACGAAAUAUGUGGACGUGGAUGGCGACGGGAACUGUGGGUUUCGCGUUGUCGCAGAUUACAUAUACGGUGAUCAAAACAAGUGGGGUUUCAUAAGAAGAAGCAUUGCAAAUGAACUAGCCGGCAACCCUGGCCUAUAUGACGGUCUUUGCAGUGAUGGGAUGCAAGCGGCCAUUUCACGUAUUAGGUGGGAAGGGGAGGCAUGUGGGCGCGAUCACUGGAUGCAGGUUAUAGAUGACUUGUUCCCCAUUGCCACUCUCUUCAAUGUAGCUGUCAUUUUCAUAAAUGGCGCGACGAACUCACAGCCGGGUUUUGGUACGUGUACAAUUCUGCCUUUACAUUCUUCUGAUAUCGACUCACGGCCACUGAGAGAGAUAGUGAUACUAUUUUUGGGUAGAUACGCUCAUUUUGUUCGUCUAGAUUUAUGUGAUAAUUUUCCAGUCCCUCCUAUUGCCUCCUUGUGGUUCACAAACAGGGAUGCUACCGUUGAGUAUUUGGAGGGAUUGUACGUUCUCAGGAGAGCGCAAUGGCAGAGAUUGUUAGAUGCUUCUGUUUGA